AUGAGUUUAAAGAAUAAUUACCGUGCAGUGCAAACCCACUUUAACAAUUGUUUGAGAGAAUUUUAUGAGGCUAGAAGAUCCGGCAAGCUUUACUACUAUGUUUUACCUGGGUUGCUGCUAACACAUACCAACUAUAAACGAACGCCGCCACACAUAAAUAGGCUACUAGAUACUUCGGUAUGGUUUCCUAGUACUAAUAUAAGCAAAUUGUCACUACAAAGUGAUUGCAAACAUGACAACACUCAUAAUCAUGUGCCUGAUGCUUUAAACAUUCUGCAUGUCAGUCCAGAUUUCAAUGUUAACAAAAGAAUCAUCGCUUAUUCACACUCAAAUGCUGCUAUUCAACGACAUGUAAUAUUUACCAACUCAUAUCAUUUGGAGUUUCUGUCGCUAAUUGAAUCCGCUAAGUUUUACGACAUAAACCAGCACUAUCAAAAUUUGAGACUAAUUACAGGAAGUUAUUGUACAUUUCACUUAAUCUUCUAUGAGAAAUUGUUCCAUUAUGCCUUCUUAUACAUUACGAAAGUGAAUUAUAGGAAUUUAUUGCGUCUAAACGUGAUAAGAUCGCUGCACAAUUGCUUGCACCCUUUUUGUAAAUUAAUAUUUAUAACAGAAGAUCCAGAAAUAUCAAAAAUCUUGUGCAGGCAUUCAGAAUCACUAAAUGAUUUGGACGAUAAAGUUACUAACCCAUUAAUGUCUUUACUGUCCAACUUGAGUAACAAAUUUGUGCCAGAAUUUGAAGCUCAUAAGUAUUUUACUGGGAUUAAUUUUCAAGGAUUAUCUACAUUGAUGGGCGAAAAGUUUUAUUCUGUAAACAAUAAAAUAGUGUCGGAAUAUGAUUUUACCAUAGCAGAUUAUAUGCACCAACACACUGUAAAUGGCAAUAAAUUACGUGACAGGUCGGAUAAUUUAUCCAAUAGAUUUUGCCACAAAUACUAUAGAAUUGACAAAAACAUACCCAAUUUGAGACUUGUUAAACCUGUGUCUAUGUGA